AUGUCGACCGAUUGGUCUCUCGACUUCUGCCUCGUCUGCGAUCGUCAGACCUCCGGUGGUCCCUACUGCACACAAUCAUGUCGCCUGGCCGAGUUGGAUCGCACAUCGAGCACCGACUCCCCAUCGGCCUCAACCUCCCGUGACUCUUCCUCUCAUUCCCGAUCAUCCACCCUCGAUGCCACGGAGACCCGCUCGGGUCGGAGUCUAUCCGCCUCUUCUUCUCAAACAUCUCUCUCCUCACUGCAAAGUCAAUCCUCUAUCGCGACACUACCGGGACAACUGCAAAAUGAACUGCGAGACUACGCCAGCAGCUUUGAUCAUAUCCGAGACUUGAAACGACGAAUGGCCUCGUCAUGA